AACGUGUAUGAACGUCAACGCGGUCCGUCAACGCAUCCCUUACAAGUUUGCGGCAGAACCUGAGGAUGAACACAUUUUAGAUGAACAAGAGCAAGAGCAAUUAGUUGAACGCUUUCGGCGGCAGAAUAAUGCCUCUAACCAACGACAUCUCAUAGGCCUGCAGAUCGUGGUUACAUUAUCAUGCCUACUCCACGUCAUCUACGCAUUCUCAGACCUCACCAGUCCUCUGGAAAACCUAUUUCCUUCAACGAUCCCUGACUCUCCGUUACCUCUCAGUCGUCCACUCGCCAUGAUAUCCGUCAUAUGUCACGUCAAUAUCAUUAUGGAUAUGGUACCAAACAACCCGUCCUUGAACGAGUUACACCUCCCCUUCAAGCUCGUCUAUAUACUGGCAUGGGGUGCAUUACCACCUUUCUUCUCUCUUCUUGUCGGAAAGUCAUGUAACACGACGGCAUGGUGGUGCUUUUUGGAAAUCGUCUCUGGGCUUGUCUUCUUCGUUCGCAGGUGGAUCGGACAAGCCGACGCAAAUAUCACGGGUUUGCAGAAAAUAAGGUAUACUGCUUCAGGCGCAUAGUUUCGUUCUGCUUCGUGCUCUUUACAUCGUGCAUUGAUCGCUCUGUAGGCGCUGGGUGCUGGGCGAUUAUUCACGAGAUACUUUUUCUCGCCAAAGCCAAUGUUACCGAGUCAUAUGUGGAUAUGAUCAUAAUGUAUUGAUAAUUGGCCUCUCGAAUGGACCGUUCUG